UUUAUCCUGUAACUCUAUGAGUAUUGUUUGUUUUGAAAGUUAAAAAAAAAAAAAAAGGAAGCAUAAAGGGGACAAGUGGUGGCUCCACCUAUAUGAUAGUAGUAGCAUUGAGAUCCCAUUAUCAAAAUAAACUUGCUAAGGAUUCAGAUCUCAGAAGCAGAUGCAAUUGCAAGCUCAGUUUAAUCAGAGAGACAAAACCUAAUAUUCUGCUAAAUUCCAAACAAAAACCAAUAUACAAUUCCAGAGUGUUCCUGUCCUCUUCUUUUGCAAUCAUUUGUCUUCUUCUUCUUCUUCCUUCUAAAUUUCUUUUCUUUACUCCCAUUCAAAAACUUGCACAUAUUUGACAACCUCAAACUCUGUCUCUGAUUGCAACGCCCAAAGACCAUUUGCUUUGACAUUUUCCAACUCUCUCUCUUCUCUCUCUCUGAUUUGUUCUAUAAAACUAUCAAUAUAUAUGGGCAAUGAAAACCAUCAGUUUUACUAUCAGAAAAGCACAUUCCUUCCAAUGCUCUGUUCACGACCUACCAUCAAAGACGUCACCAUGCCACGCUUCAGAGACCCUUCUGCAACCUCCGCCAACGACCCUUUAUCCCCAAGAAUCAGUUGCAUGGGUCAGGUCAAGAGAAACAACAAAAUAGCUGGCAUCCCUCCCUCUCACAGACUCUCUUUCCCAAACAAAACUAACACUUCCUCCCCAUCUCUCAAAUACUCCAAACUCAGAAGACUCUUCUCCGGCAAAAACUUCAUCAUUACCACCCCCAAAACCACCACUGCCGCCGCCGCCCCCCCAACCUCCAGAUCAACCCAACACCUUUCGGAUGUCCCCAGAAACCAAAACUUUCUCAAGACUCAGAACAACAACAAUGUUGUUUGCAUGAUCAGCAUUCAAGACAUGGAUCCUCCUUUGCCUGUGGUCAAAAGAGUUCCCAAGUUUGAGGAUGGAAAACAAUUGGAUAGUCUCUGGAAAAGGAGAUCGGGUACGGCUAGACCUGCACUCAAAAGUUUACAGCUUCAACAUAUUCACCAUCCAAGGAUUUCUCAUCAACCUCCAACCGUUUAACACCUCCACAACACAAUCAUAUCCACAGAUCCAAUCCUGGAUUACAUUUUUUUAUUUUAUUUUGUUUUUUUUUUCUCAUGUUGUCACGUACAUCAUCGUAUACAAUGUAAAGGGUUUUCUUCUCUCUUCUAAUUUUCCAGGCUUUCCAUUUCCCGUGUUGCUUGCUUGCUUUGUUUCUUGAAGCAUCUCACAUGGCGGUGAUGCAGAGUAUCAUGGCCAUGUUUUCUCAUACAAUAGUAAAUCGGUCAAAGUCAAAUGGUCAAAUAUUUAAUGCGUUUUAAUUAUUUUGUAGUCUUUGAAAUGGUGUAGGCUUAAAAUU